UGUAGAAUAUUUCGAAUCUCUUUUCCAAUUCUCACUUCCCCCUAAACUCGCCCGCCAUGUCCGUUAUCCACAACUCUCUCUCACUCCAUUUUCUCUCUCCAAACCCAAAACCCAAACUUUUAACCUUCAUCACAAACCCAAUUUCCCUUCCCUCUUUAAUUUUAGUACACCCACCCAAACACGCCCUAAUUCGAUGCGCAAAAAGGUCACAAAGAACAGGAAAAUUGCGGUACCCAUCAGAGAAGAAGAAGUUCAGACAAAUUCAUAAACAAAAACUUGAUGUUAAAAACAAAUGUGAAGGGUUUUGGAGAUUAUCUAAACUUGGUGUUGAAGUUGAUGAAGACCCUGGUAAAGAUUUUCUGGGUGUUUCUGAUGCAUUGCUUCAACAAAUUGCUAAAGUUCUCGAAUUCCCGGUUGCCUCUUUGUUACCAGAAGAAGCAUUUACAGUGGUUAGGAAGUCGUUUGACGCGCGAAAGCUUUUGAAGACGCCUAAGUUUGUUUACACAGUUGACAUGGAUGUCGAGAAGCUCUUAGAUUUUGAACCUCGGUUGUGGGACUUCAUCUCUGAGUUGGAGCCUAAGGUUGGGCUUGUUGAGCAUAUCCCCGUAGAAAAAGCUGUUGGUGAUUUAUUUAGUCUAUUACACAACUGUAAGAAGGAUCUGGAAGAUGCAGGAGCAGGGGGAGCUGAUAGUAACUGCAACAUCCCGUCUCACAAACCAAAAGUUGCUGUUGUUGGUAGUGGUCCAGCAGGUUUGUUUGCUACUCUUGUUCUUGGGGAGCUUGGUGCUGAUGUUACCUUGAUUGAACGAGGUCAACCAGUAGAACAAAGGGGGCGUGACAUAGGUGCAUUGGUAGUUCGUCGCAUAAUACAAUCAGAAAGCAACUUUUGCUUUGGAGAGGGUGGUGCAGGUACCUGGAGUGACGGAAAGCUCGUAACUAGAAUUGGGAAGAACAGUGAUAGUGUUCAGGCGGUUUUGAGGACACUAGUUCACUUUGGAGCUCCAAGCAGUAUUCUGGUUGAUGGGAAACCUCACUUAGGGACAGAUAGGCUGAUUCCACUUCUUCGCAAUUUUAGGCAACAUUUACAGGCCCUAGGUGUCUCUAUCAAAUUUGGAACAAGGGUUGAUGACCUGAUUGUGGAGGGCGCAACAGUCAAAGGAGUCAAAGUUUCAGAUGUAACGACAAACCCACCUGUCCAUAGCCAGGAGUUGACAUAUGAUGCAGUUGCUCUGGCUGUUGGGCAUUCUGCAAGAGAUGUGUACCAGAUGCUUUUAUCACACAAUGUGGACUUGGUCCCAAAGGACUUUGCUAUUGGCCUGCGGAUUGAGCAUCCCCAGCAACUGAUAAACAGCAUACAGUAUGCUAAUUGGGCAGCUGAAGUUCAUGGUGGACGUGGCAAGGUACCAGUUGCAGAUUAUAAGAUUGCAAACUAUCUCAGUGGAGAGGGAUCGGAAUCUUCCUAUGCAUCUGCAAGUCGUGGUUGUUACUCUUUUUGCAUGUGUCCUGGAGGACAGGUUGUUCUCACUAGUACUAAUCCAUCAGAGCUAUGUAUUAAUGGUAUGUCAUUUUCUCGACGUUCUUCGAAAUGGGCUAAUGCGGCACUAGUUGUUACAGUCUCAUCGAAGGAUUUUGAGAGCUUAAAUUUUCACGGAGCCCUUGCUGGUGUUGCCUUUCAGAGGGAACUUGAGCAAAGAGCAGCUGUGAUGGGAGGUGGUAAGUUUGUGGUUCCUGUGCAGACAGUCACGGACUUUCUAGACGAUCAGACAUCAGCUACGUGUUUGCCACAAUCAAGCUAUCGCUUAGGAGUCAAGGCUGCAAAACUCAGCGAGUUAUUUCCUACUCACAUAACUAAGGCUCUACAGGAUUCCAUCUUGAUGUUUGAGAAAGAGCUCCCAGGAUUUAUUUCAAAAGAGGCCCUUCUACAUGGAGUAGAGACUAGAACGAGCUCUCCAGUCCAAAUUCCACGAAACAGUGGGACUUUCGAGAGCACAACUUUGAAGGGACUUUAUCCAGUUGGAGAAGGAGCUGGUUUUGCAGGUGGAAUAGUUAGUGCAGCAGUGGAUGGUUUGUAUGCUGGUUUUGCUAUGGCCAGAAAUCUGGGGUUGAUAACUGAUGAAAUUGAAUCCGUUCUUGGCAAGGCACAAAGUUCUGGCUUUGCCAAGUAUUAAAAAGCCUUUUACUAAAGCUAUGAGAGGAAAAUUGAAUUAGGAUUUUUGAAGUUUAGGGAAUAUAAAUUACAAUAGUUUUUAGGGAUUUGAAGAUUUUGUUUUUAUUUUUUGUUUGUAGAAUUAUGAGAAGGAAGUGUUUAUUCAGUGUUGCAGGCGAAAUUAAAUUGGUAGAGAAGUAUAGAGAUAGGUUACGAAGUUAAUGUCUGAUACUCUGAUUAAUGUUUUCUCUGUAUAAGAAAUUGUAAUAUAUUGUAUAUCUUUUAAGAUAAUAUUGUAUAUUUUUUUAUUUUAGGGUUGUAGAAAAACUUGUAUAAUUUUGAAGUUGUAUCAAUAUUUUAUUUAA